GGAAGCCACGACCCAUCAUUCCAUCACCAUCACCGAUACCAUCACCAUCAUCGUCUCCUCAUCUCCCCCUCUUUCCCUCAUCCCCAUCUCACCACCAUGCCGCCUCGAGCGGCCACAGGGCGAUCUCGCACAGCCGUGGCCUCAUCAUCGCGUGCAAAGGCAUCCACCAGUGCACCUCGAGGUCGACCUCGCAAACAGCCAACCACGACCCACGCGAAGGCAUUCCUCCAGGACGACGACGAUGAUGAUGAGAGCGCGCAAAGCGAUGCAGAUGAUAUCGGACGUGAUGACAACAGGACACGGCACGAUGGCAGUCAGAGCAUCACGGGCCCCAUCUUGAUGGACGACGAUGAGGAGGAUGAGCUCGGUCUCCGCUCCCCAGUCAAGAUCGUCGAGGCGCCGACAGUCAAGACCAACAGGGUGGGAGGAGGAGCCGCAACUGCAAAGGGCAAGGCGGUCUUCGGUACAGCCAGAGGAGUCAACACACAGUCUACUCAUGACCACUCUGACGAGGGGGACGAUACAGAGGAUGUCACUGCCUCGAAGCGAUCCUCGCGGCAGCCAAAGACCAAGGCGGUCCGCGUGGGCAGGAAACCAAACAACACCGCUGCCCACCCACGCGUCAAGGCGCUCGCGGCCUCGUCAAAAGCGAGGAAACCAGCAGCAUUGGUCGAUUCGAGUGAUGAAGAGGAAGAUGUGCAGGAGGUUGAUACAGAGGUCGAAGAGGUAGAGACGACACCGCGGUCUGCUGAGGGGGUGAGCAUGCCAGAGGAGCAGAUACAACACUUUCUGCAUGGAUACGAUUUGGAUGCUGCCAACCGUCUGGAUCGUUUGCGGAACCACCUCACCGUCACCCUCGAAUCGGCUCGAUCUCAAAUGUCCAUCCUCCUCUCACGGUUGCCAAUGGCCGCUCGAUCCCUCACUCUCACCGACUUCCUCGAGCUUCACGAGUCGGACGUCAAGAAGGUCGUCGGCGGAGGCGUGGACACAUUGGCGGGUAGCCAGGUGGAUGAUGCGGAUGGGUGGGAGGAGAUGAAGCGGAAGCGGCCUAGGGCGAAGGAGCAAGGUGAAGAGGAUGGGAACAAGGACAAGGGCAAGCGAGGCAAGACUGCUCGGCGCAAUGCAGCAAUCAGCUCACCGGCCAAGCCCUCGUCAGCGACGCGCCAACCUUCGAAUCGAGCAGCAGAAAAGAAGGCAGGUCCAUCCUCCAGUCGUCCACUCGCAAGCAGCGGCCCCCCAGCUCCCUCCUCUGCUACCUUCUCACCUCGCCUCAAUCCCGCUACACGUACCAUGCCAGCGCCAUCCGCUGCUACGAAGACGCCUGCUCGCGCUCCCGCUGCAGCUGGACGUGCUUCGCGAUUGGCCAAGAUUGGUGAACAGAUCCAGAUGUACAGCUUGAAUGGCAGUCCCAUUACGGGCUUCAUCGGCCCAGAUGGUAGACUGCGCUACCUCCCCAGACCUGGAGCAGACUAUGCUGAUCAGGACGAGGAUGCAGCAGCUGCCGAUGCUGCUCCUGCCCUGCCGCCCAUCAGCAAGUCGACAGAUGGCAAGAGCGGCGCUAAUGAGAGCGCAAAGAAUUUGCAAGCUGCGAAUGUCCUAGCCAGCAUCCUACCCAAGCAAGGCGAGCCAUCUUCUUCCCGAGCUCUGCCCUCCUCUCCUGCUCCACAACGCUCUGCUCCGUUUGGUUCGUCACUGGGAGCUACCAGCAGCCUCCAACCCCGCUUCGACGACGAUUCCUCUGCUGCUCUCCAAAGCAGCAGUCCGCUCCGCCCAUCCUCACGAGUAGGAGCCCACUUUUCUUCCUCGCUUGGCAUGGGUCUCGGCUUAGCAGAUGAGAGCAACGAGCUGCCCGACGAAGAAGCCUACAUGAGGGAAAUCAUCGCCCAAGAGGAGCAGAAGCGUCGCGAAGCGGCUGGGAGGAGCGCAACGCUGCAGCACAAGAGCUCUGCUUCGCGACUCAUGGCCAAGUUUGGUGCUGGAGGCGGGGGCGGCAGUGGGUCUUCCAAUGGGGGUAUGAGCUCUAGACCACCUUCUUCGCCUGCACCUGCUUCCUCUUCUUCUUCUUACUCUGCCAGAUCGGGCGGUGGAUUCAGGUCUUCCUCGCCCUCCAAGGCUGCGCCAAUCUCUCGCGGCGGUGCUUCGCUCAUGAAGCCUGUCUCGUCGAGCAAGAAUUCCACUACUGCUGCUGCUGCUGCUGCUCCUUCUGGCGGUACUGCUGCUGCGUCAUCCAAGGGUGCGUCUUCUUCGGCCUCGGGCAGGGGAGGGAAGCAGCGUCUUUCCCUUAUCAAUGCACGCGGAGAAGUGGUGCCCAUUGAGGAUAUUCGAGAGGAGGACGUGCCGGUGGAGCAGAAGGCCCAGCUGGCGCGGAUGUUCCAGCGCUUGGGAAUGGGAUUGGGAAUUGGAGGAAGCCCAAAGAAGAGGUGAAACCCACCACUGGAGGCUCAUCUUGAUCAUUCUGCUGCUGAGUGCUAGCUUGUAUCGUUUUGUUCCCUGAUUGUCCGUCUGUCUGUCUGUCUACUCGUACGCAUACACUGUCUACUUCGCAUACCCCUGGCGACGAUGUACCUCCACUCUAUCCACACAUAUACAUCGAGCCAUCUACCACACGACCACAUCAUGUGCUGUCUUUUCAGUCCACUGCUUGAAUUUUGCAUCGGC